UUUGCAACUCGAGCAGCGCUUCGCGUAGAAGCGUUGUCGCGAUGACAAUGACAACGCGCGUCACCGAGUGAGCUUGGCUCGCCGACAACCAAGAGGAUGCUACGGAGACAGGGUCGCUGCCGAAUCGUACCGGGGCGACGCGGCAUUAGUGGGAUCUAGAGAAACGUUUCCUGAGGAGAGAGAGUGGAGCGAUCGAAGAACGAGGGAGAAACGAGAUUACACACAUGUCUUGAGUCCGAGAAAAAUAGAUCGAGACAUGAAGAUAUAGAAGUGGGAAAUCAAACAAGAAAAAGAGUAAAAGUCAGAGAGAGGGAACGGCAGAAAGAAGAUAGAGAAGAGCGAAAAACAAAACGAGGAAGGAGUUGUCAACGUGACAAGGAGAAUCACGGUCUUUCAGUUUCCGGAGCUCCUCUCCGUGGGUGUUUAUACGCGUGCGGCCGUGGAUCGAUAGUUUGUCCCGCACGCUCGUGCCGGACGGGAGUUACAACAGGCGAGUUAUAAUACUACGUGGAGGACGCGAGCGGUCCUCUUGCGUUCGACAACAACGACACCCUCGAGCCGCGAGGAGGAAGUUUCCAAAGGGGCCUAGCUGGUAGGUGCUGGUUAUCGCGACAGUCGUCAACGUCGCGAAGACGCUCGGCGAUCGUAUAAGCUCCGCGGUGAUUUAUGGGGGAUUACAGCGCGACGAGCCUCUUCUCGUGUACCCUGACCAGCCCGAAACCUAGCACGACCACAAGCAACAUCAGCAGCGCCAUAACGACAUCCACGAUGCAGGACGAUCUACUGAUCGAGAAGCAAACUACCGGUAAGCCCGCUCCGCUCUCGCCGAGCGGUGGCCUCGACACCGUGGCCGGACAAGACAAGUCAAAGGACGUGAUCGAGGCGGAAAACAUCGCCAUCACUCCGACGACGCCCUCGUCGACGGAGAAAGACAUUACGUGCAGUACGACAUCAGUUUUGCAGGGCUUCGCUGAUCCCGGUGGCCGUGUACCCAGUCUCUGGUCCGCGCCCGAUGAUAGCGGUCUGCACACCGCGUUACCGGUCAAUGGUUGCGCCGCCGCCGCCGCCGCCGCCGCCGCGGUUUCGACUGGCACGCGACGUGCCAUCACGGCUAGUCAUAACUUUCCGCAGCAACAACAACAACAGCACGGUAACGCGGGUGCGCCCACCGGCACCAGACACGGCGGUUUACAGGUGUCGUCCGCGCAACAGCAGCAACAACAGCAACAGCAGCAACAACAACAGCAGCACCAACAGCAGCAGCAGCAGCAGCAACCUCCGCCAACAUCACACCCAAGCGUUUAUCUACCCGGUAAAGGAUACGCCGCGUGGUCGGGCGGACCGCAGGCCCCGCAACAAUGGGGCGCGGGCCCGCAGACGACCGCUGCUGCCGCAGUCGCCAGUCCGGGCCUGUCUCCCUGGAACCGCGGUAGAUCCGUACCCAAUCUACCACCGCUGCACUCGUCUUUACACGCCGCCGCAGCGGUUGCGGCCGCAGCUGGUCUGCAGGGUCGCAAGCCGAGUCCGACGUUUCCGGGUCAUCCGGGCCCGGCAGCGGCGCAUCCCUCCUGCAUCAGCCCGGUCAAGUUCCGUCGGAGCACGUCGUAUCCCGGCAAAGGCAACAUAUAUCCACCUCAACCAGCACCAACCUUCGAGGUAACCGCCGCCGAGGAGAGAGAUCUGCUGCAGCUGCCACCGUUCCAGCAAGAUCGUAUGACGGCUAAUGGAAACUCACCGUUGGACAACAUGAGGACUUUGGAACACUAUCUGAGCGACAUUAUGCGAGCCGGUGCAGCGGACACCCCAGAACAUCUGAAAGGAUUCAUAAACUGCAACACCGCCAACACGUUGCAGUCGCUCGCGCAGCUACAUGGUAAAUCUCCGUUCUUCCCGAGUCUCGAUGAGCAAGGGCUGGAGGAUCCGAAUGCGCCGAGCCAGUUGGACGGCGUCGGCGUUGGCGUCGGAGUAGGCGUCGGCGUCGGCGUCGGUGGCGGAAUAACGGCGUCCCAAGCGGCGCCGCUCUCAUCGCCAAGUCGGAGCAGUCCGCAUAGCCAGGGAAGCGAAACCGGCGAGCGUUUCUCGAGGAAAGUCUUCGUCGGUGGAUUACCGCCUGAUAUCGAUGAAGACGAGAUCACAGCCAGUUUCCGCCGCUUUGGUCCGCUUGUCGUGGACUGGCCGCACAAAGCAGAAAGCAAAUCUUACUUCCCGCCGAAAGGCUACGCAUUUCUGCUGUUCCAGGACGAGGGUUCGGUACAACAGUUGAUAGAUGCCUGCAUCCAAGACGAGGACAAACUUUACCUUUGCGUAAGUUCGCCCACGAUCAAGGAUAAGCCCGUGCAGAUUCGACCUUGGCGGCUCAGUGAUGCCGACUUUGUGCUGGACGCCUCCAUGCCGCUCGAUCCGCGAAAGACAGUCUUUGUCGGCGGGGUGCCGCGGCCGCUCAAGGCAGUCGAGCUCGCGAUGAUCAUGGAUCGGCUUUAUGGUGGUGUCUGUUAUGCUGGCAUCGACACUGAUCCUGAGCUCAAGUAUCCCAAAGGUGCCGGCAGGGUCGCCUUCAGUAAUCAGCAAAGCUACAUAGCUGCCAUCUCAGCCAGAUUCGUACAGCUGCAGCACGGCGAUAUUGACAAAAGGGUUGAAGUCAAACCAUAUGUUCUGGACGAUCAGAUGUGUGACGAAUGUCAAGGCCAGCGUUGCGGAGGCAAGUUUGCGCCGUUCUUCUGCGCCAACGUUACCUGUCUACAGUACUACUGCGAGCAUUGCUGGGCAACUAUUCACUCCCGGCCAGGUCGGGAGUUCCACAAGCCGCUGGUGAAGGAGGGCGCGGAUCGGCCUCGGGCCGUGCCUUUCCGUUGGUGUUAACCCCAGCUGCGUUGUCCCUAAUUAUCUCGCAGCCCUAGCUAAUUAACUACCACCUCUACCCAUAUCUCCCCACCCUCCCCUCACGUGCCCCACCCAACCCUCACUUUCCUCCGCCUUCUAUAUUACUUACUUACUUACCUACAAGAACACAGCCUCAAAACUGCUAUUACUACUACUACUACUAUACUAUUACUACCACCACUCGAUCGUUACGUAUUACCACUACUCUACUCUACUACUACUAUUAUUACUAUUACUACUACUACCACAACUACUAUUCUACUACA